AUGUCCCCACAGAGCAUUGAGUGGACCUUUAUGGUCCUUGCCUACGUGUUUGUCGCUUGUCGCCUCUAUGUCCGGCUCUUUAUGCGAGGACUCAGGCUCUAUUCGGCUGAUUACUGGCUGAUCGUGGGUCUGAUGUGUUGUCAAGGAUUGCUAAUAUGCGACACCUUGACAUACAGCAUGAAUGCUACGAAUGACUUUACGAUAACAAGUGUGUCCCUCGACAAGAUCAGAUUUGCAACCAACUACUUCUUCGACACUGGCAUAUACUUCCCCAAGUUCAGCAUCAUCGCCUUCUACUACAGCCUGACCCCCCCGAAGCACCCUGAGAUGAGAAUAGCGCUCCAGAUCUUGACCUUCAUCACUGGGGCAUUCGCUCUUAUCACGUUCUUCGGAAACACCUUCUGGUGUGGGCCAGACCCAUCCGUCAACUGGAGGACUAGUGACGAAAGUUGCACCGUGUUCUCAUCUAUGGACCUCAUGCGGCUGAACUGGUCUCUCAAUUUCAUCACCGAAGUGCUAAAUGUCGCAUUCCCAUUUCCGUUGAUCUUUGAUCUUAGUCUCCGAUCUCGUCGUGAAAAAGUCGCCCUCGGCGUCAUCUUUGCCCUGGGAACAAUUACCAUCGGCGUUAGCGUCGGACGGUUUGUCACCAUGCUCCAUGUGAGCAAUGACAUCUCUAUCUACAUCUGGGCCACUGCCGAAAUCUGCAUCUCGGUCAUUGUCGUCGCCCUUUCCGCUCUUCGGCCUCUAUUGCAAAAGCUAUCCGGCAUGGUCUCCACGGACCCGGGCAGCAAUCUCCCUUCAGGAUACAACAUCUCCUCGAUGAGCCAGCCAAGCAAACCAUCUACCCGGACAAGGGACCUAGAGGCGUUUUGGGAAACUGGGCCCGGGGCUCAUUAUAGUAGUGUUACGGCCAUGGCAUCUGGGGAGCAUUUGACAGGGAGCGAGGUGGAACUGAAUGGUAUUGGGGGUAUUUUGAGGACGCAGCAGGUAUCGAUGUCGAGCGAGACGAUUUCAAGUUUUAUGACAAGGUAG